CAGCCGAUGAAACUUCAGUCGUGUAGAAAAGAAGCGACAGUGAAGAAGUAAAACAGAAAAGAGAAAAUAGUUUGGAAGAAAACAAAGUGGAAGAAGAAGAAGAAGAAGAAAAAUAAGAAGAACUUCUGUGCUUCCUCUGGCCGCUAGGGGUCAUGUUUAGCUCCUCCGACUGAUGACAGCAGUGAUUUAGUCCCGCCCACAGCUCUGCAGCUCCAUCAUGGCUGACAAAAAGCUCUCAGGUUUAGCUCCUCCCUCCCUGUCUUCACCAUAUCAUCAGAAUGGGAGAAUCCGGGGGAAGGCCCCUAAAUGCUCACCACCCGCCCACCAGACCAGACCAGGACUCCAGAGUCCCUGCCACACCGGUAUGGUUCCUGUGCUUCCUUUGGCACAGAGCACCAGAACCUCAGCCUCCACCUCCCCUCUCAGGACCCUGAGAGGUCUAAUGACUCCUGUACCAAGUCCUGGUCCUGAAGGUAGCCACAGCUCCUCCAGGCCCCGAGGUCAGAGCCUAGGCUCUUCUCUGAGCUCCAGGACAAGAGCCAUGACUUCCCAAAGCAAGUGUCGGAGCAGCCAUCCGGAGGAUCCAGAGGCCUUGUUGAACCUGAUACUGGAGUUUCAGGGUCAGAGACUGGAGGACCAGAGAGCAAGCCUGAGCCUUUUGCCUGACCAAGGACCAGCUGUUCCCUGUGGAGCCUGCAGCCCCGAGCAGCACAAUUGGCCCAGUCUGGACUUUUACUACAGGCUCAUAGACUACCAGUCAAACAGAAUGGAGGACCAGCGGUGCUCCAUUCCUGAUCUGGAUGAUGUGAUUGGUUCAGUUCCUGAAGGUCAGCAGGAUUUCUUCGGUUUGAUUCAGAGAGUUCAGUCCAGGAGAAUGGACGAGCAGAGAGCCUCGCUGCCGUCGACACACUCCGAGGACGACCACGACGCACACACAGCUGGCCGCAACCUCCAUUCUCAUCAUCAGAGAUAA